CACACACACAUAUAUAUAUAUAUAUAUAAAUUCCUAUAAAUAUAGAAUGUUUUUUUUUUACUUGUUAUUGUGUGAGAGUGAGCUACGAGUGAGUGUGUGAGUGUGUGAGUGUGUGUGCGUGUGUUUGACUGUAUAUACUUGUCAAGUGUGUCUUUUAUCAUGAACGCACUUAUUGCACUUCUUCACUUUUGCGAAGUCCAUGGCCCCUGUGUUGUUUAUUGUACACAAGCUAUUCAUAACACCACUAAAUCAUUGGAAGAUAUACAUAUACCCCCCCUCAAGACACAGCCUAUACCUAUUGCGCGACCUGUUCAUCACCAACCUCAAGCAUCGUCUAUUACUUCUUGUUCUACUACACCUUCUUCCCUAAGAAAAAACUCCCUUUCUUCACUUACAACGACCUCAAAUACAACCUCUAGUUGUGCUGCCUGUACAGCACAACUCCCACUUGUCAAUACAGGUCAAGGCAUCACAGAAGCUAAACGAUUGGUCACAUUGGAUCAAGAUGACCCUUCCAUUCAAUAUAUUGGUACUACCAAGUCACCUCAGCAGCCUCAUCUCUAUAAAGCAGUGCGUAUGGCGUGUGUCCGUAGUUUGACGGCUGAGUUUUGUCAGGGUCGAGAUGGUCCUGUCUUGUUUGGUGAUGACGAAAAUGGAUAUGUCAUGAGCUACAUGUUUAAAUUGAGAGACUCACAAGCAAGAGGAGAAGCCAGGUUUUAUUCAUUGAUCAUGCUCAUGACAGAUAGAGUGUAUUUGAUCUCUUGUUGGCCAUUUCUUGUCAGUGCUUUUCGUUCAAUGGCGUUGAAUCUUCAAGAACGAGCGAAUAUGGUCUUUCAAAGAGAAAAAGAAGGCAUGCGACAUUCUGUUGCUAAUAGUAAUCGACGAACACCUAUGUCAUCUCAAGAUCAAUUUUAUCGAAGAAGGAGUCAUACUGCACUUAGGUCAUUAGUGGAUUUGCUUGGGAUUAAAGACAUUUAUGCUCAAAUCCAAGCACAAUUUAGCUAUACGCUCAAGUUAUCUUCAAGAAAAAGAAUGGAGAAAUUGACACAGGGUAGAAGAGAAAGUCCACUUUAUGCAAAAUUAAAAGCAGAAUAUCAACAGAAAAAGCAAAAUGCAACAACCUGAUACAACGUCACAAAUCUAAUAGGCUUCUUUUUCACACACACGCACACGCAUAUAUCAUAGAAUUCCCUUUUU